AUGAACACCAACGUGGGGAGGAAGGGCAAGCGUGGCCCAACCUCUCCAACCGCCUCUGUCCACUCACCCCCCAUCAACACUUCCCCCCUCCCCAAGAUUAAACUCAACGUCCGACCCUCUACUCAACAAUAUCACCGUCCGUCAUCGGUGUCGUCGCUGUCGCGGCCCGGAUCUUCCAGCCGGCACCGCGGAGUAUUUUCGGAUGAUGGAAGCAGUUCUUCGGACCUGACUCCUGCCGAAGACGACGAGAAUGAAGACGAGGAUGACGAAGACGAAGACGAUAACUUUUCUUCACGAAUUCUGUCUCGUAUCCAAAACAAGAAGCGGGACUCUAUCGCCAACAUCUCUCCCAACCACAUCGCCAAGGCGAGACCACCAAAAGCAGCACCUUCCUCGGCACGAUCGACUCCACGCCCGUCGGCUCACGGCCCAAAUGGCCGCGACCGCAAGCGCCAUCUCAAACUCGGAGAGGUCGCACGCAGACGCGCACGGGACGACAAGUUCGGGUUCGGCGGUGACCGCUUUGGUGGUGCUACCCAAAUGCAGUCACGCAUCUCGAACGCAGCCCAUAUCGACUCGGACUCGACGUCUUCGUAUGGCGACGACGAGUCAGAGCGCGAGAUGACCCAGUCUCUGGCCGACGCCGAUGAGACCGAGGACGAGUCCAUAGGUGGUCUGCAUGAGGCGUUCGCAGGCCACGAGAUCGAGGAUCUCGCCUAUGGUGCUGGCCACCCAGACUCGAGCAUGGAAGAUGAUGCGGAGAUGGAGUGGUGGAAUGACAAUGAGACCGAGAAUGGGGAUGCCAACGAGGAGGAGGACGACGAGGACUUCAUUGCUAACCUCACUGGCUCCGACAUUGACCAGCUCCAAUCGCAGUCAUCAGUCCACGCCUCGUCUGAUGACCCCAUGAGUGACUCGUCCUCCGAGACGGACGACGCCUGUGACGAGUUUGGCUUCUCCACCCGCUUCAACCACACUGCGGGCGAGGAGCCUCUGGUUCUCAUGGAGAACUGGGACGGGCAGUAUGUCCUCGUCCAGCCCCGGCAGUCCCGUCGGCGCGAGCGAGGGACAGGUUCGCGUACGGCUGGCUCGAUCGGAGAAAGUACUUCGGCUUCUGCAGGGGAGCAGCACCUCCUCAUCGACGAGGACGCCAACGACGACUCUGACACAACCGCCGACUGGUCUGGUGUCGAGGACGACGACGGGGGCGACACGACGGACUCGAUGGCCGAAGAGGACAUGCCCGUCCUCGACAGCCCAGCACUCGACCAGAUUAUUGGGCAGCAGGUCAUAAGCCCCCCGCAGUACAACAUGGCGAUGCUGCCUCACCCUAACCCCUUCUUCGAGGCAAUGGGAGCGGCGUCCAUUGAGGCUGCUCUCGAAGCAGUCGCGGCAAACCCUUCGAUUGUCAUCACUGAUGUUGCCGCCACAUCGCCUUCUGGCAGCACCCCGUCAACGGCCGGAGCUCCUACCCCUGGGAUCAUGUCUGUGCUCACUCCUGGCAUUGCUGGGCCCAUUGUCCCGCAACUGCUCCCUAUGACCCCAGUCACCAGUCCACCCUCUGGGAUCCCUGCAAUGGGCCCUGUCAUGGGCACCUUCAGCGUGUGCAACGAGCAUUGCGAGAGUGCGGUCAUCGAUGGCUCCAAGACCGCCACCAAAUCGCCCUUCACUCGCCGGAGGCGGAACAGGUCUUCAGACUCUGGCUCGGUCUCCGCUAAGCGGCGUCCCAAAGUCGGCGACCCGUUUUCGCCAGCUGUGAAGAAGACGCGCUACUCGUCCAUCCCAGGCCACCCUCGAUACAUCGCAGCACGCCGUGCCGCGCAGGCGCUCAUGGACCCUCUUGAGCGCGAAACGACCCCGUCCGAGGAGGAGAACGCGUUUUCUCUCGAGGACAUGCUCGACAUCCCGGGCAAUGACAUGGACCCGACCGUGGAGGAUCCCCAGAGCCCCGAGCUCCGCCACCUGUUCCGCUUCGACAAGAUCCCUGUUUCGACGUACAUGCGUCGUAACUUCUCGUCGGGUAGCAGGAACCGCACCGCCCCGGUCACACCGUCGCAAGGGUCAUUUUCGCUCACGUCCACCGCCAGCCGCACGCCAAACGUGGGCGGUGUUGGUCUCUCCGGCACGCUCGCUGGCCCGCUCCCCUACCCCGCCAGCCGGAUGCUGAUCUCGCCCGUCCUGCAGCCGUCAGAGGGCCAGGCUAUCCCGAUGAGCCGCAAGGAGCGGCGUCGCGUACGGAAGGGCGUCUCGAUGGACAUGCGCACUUUCCAGAUUUAA